AUGGGCGUCACCCCUCAGCAGCGCACAGGGAAGAUUGGCAUGGCUCUUGUAGGCCUGGCCGCUUCGUGCGCGGUUUGGACCUUUAUUCUCUACAUUCCCUAUGCCCUGUACAUGUCGUCCUUUUCUUAUGCCAAUGGUGAUGAACCCGGCGAGUUCUCGGAGGGUCUCUUCAUUUGUCUGGUGGUGGGAUCGCAGAUCGGUCUUUUUGUUGUGAGUUCCAUGGGUGCGAAGUACGCAGCCUUCCACAGUGAAGAUGAGACGCAGAAGGCCUACACGAUGUACUACAACGCAGCACUGAUUCUGAAUCUCAUCUUGGAUUUGGCUCUCCAAACCUAUUUGAGCUACCUACAGAUGGUGGGUGUUGGGGCGCAUACCUCGGACGGCCGUCUGCUGGGCAGCUUAGACAGUUUUCAAGAGAUCCUUGAGUCGUAUCCGGUGCAGAAGUCAAUGGGUAAGCUCCUCUUCGUGUAUUGCUGGCCAUGUACUUUCUUCGUCCCUUUCCUGGCUGAACCCUUUGCCGUGCAGUGGCUACCGCAGCACCUGGCCCAGUACAUUGUCGGAGCCAACAAGAAGAUUAAGGGCGAGAAUGCAGAGAAGGCUUUCGAGCUCGGCGAGAUGGAGCAGGGCCGCUAUGCCGAGCCUUGA